GACCAUGGACCCACCCGCCUUGAAACGGAGCUGGAGCUGCUCGAGGCCAUGUACCCCCAUCAGACGCACUACAACCCCAACUCACGCGAGUGCAAGUUUGCUAGUGACACCCACGCCUCGUUUCUUCUUCGCUUACCCGAGACGUACCCGCUCUCAGGCUUUCCAGACAUCAUCUCGGCCACAGAUGCAGCCAAGAACGACCUGCGCGAGCCAUUCAGAGACGCCGUCAGAGAGCUGGGCCUAAUGCAAGGGGAAGAAGUGCUCGAUGCCAUCAUUGCUGCCUUUGAGCAACUCGCCGCGUCGGCUUUUUGCCAGUCAAGCACGACAAAGCAAAACAGUCUCUCAACAGCUGCUGCCACGGCUAGUCCAGAAACCCCCAAAGCAAUCAUUGUAUGGCUACAUCACCUGCUCAACACCAACAAACGAAAGCUGGCUCUUUCGCCUCCGCCUUCACUGCCCCCCGUGUCAGGUCUUACCAAGCCCGGAUACCCAGGCGUCCUCGUCUACUCGGGCCCAUCCUCGGCUGUCACAGAGCAUGUCAAUCUGCUCAAGGCCCAGAACUGGCAAGCUUUCCAAGUGCGGUAUGAAGAAGACAAACUUUGGACUUUUGCACAUGGCACAGGCGUCAAGGAAAUGGAAAGUAUGAGCGACAUUGUCAAGGGUGUUGAGGCACCAGGCCAUGCCGGCAAGGUGCAGAAAGACGAGUUUCUCAAAGCCGUUGGUAUCAAAUAGAGCCAUCAUUGUUGUUGCAGACACCAACAAAUCGGUCAAGUCACGCCGUCUGCCCACUCACAACAGCGUCCUGGAGAGAUUCGGAUUGCUCUUGACUACAUGUGUAUCGCAAUCAUCUAGUACAUAUGUGCCGGGCACCAACGGCCCGAAAUCAUUACCGCUUUAUCCGUCCGCGAAUC